AUUAAAGAAAAUUUGCGAUAGUUAGAGUGACCACAGACAUUUCUAAAAAAAAUUCAAAAUUAAAAAACCUUUUACCGGUCAUCGCCAUAUUCAAGAGGUAUGCCUGCCCCCCAAAUUUCAUCUAUUUUAAGAAUUUUUUUGGUUUUUUGGUUUCAGAUCAACUGACAAGGCUGAGGAACGCCCCGCGCACGCACACCUCUGCUGUAUGCGGCUUCAUUCAUUGGGACCUGGAGCCACCAUUAAAAAAAAUUUUUUUUUUAAUAAUUCAGAAGUACUCUACAUUUAUGUGUGAAUAAAAGCCGCAAAAAGUUUUUCCGAAAUUCAUUUAUUCUCUAUAAAAAAAAAUUCCUGAAAUUGAGGCAUUUUUGGGGCCUGAGAAUGAGAACCUGGCCUUAAAUGUAAAUGACGAGCCUCUGCCAUCUGUUGAACGCUCGAGGUAUUUAAAUGAUAAAAUAAAAGGAGUACAAUUGGAAAACGAUGAAGAUGCGACUAAUGCUGAAACCGACGAAGAAAGAGAAUUCGAUGCAGGAAAAAACCCCGAAGAAAAUGAAGUUAUGAAAGUAGGCUGGAAAUUGUGGAGUGAUCAAUUGUAUAACGUAGCAUUGGAUAUUGCUAAUCAGUCGACUGAGGGCGACAUGAUUAAUGCAUGCUAUAAUGAAGACUUCGCGAAAAAACUGAAAAGGUAGGAGUUCCCCUAAAGGUGCAAUUUCAUGGACGCUAGAAACCAGCGGCAAAUGAGUUCUAGUGACUUCUCGACGUAGGGGGGAAAAAGUUGAAACUGUCUCAACAUUUUCAGUGUGCCGUGGUGUGACUGGGUGUCGCAAGGACUGCGUUCAGAAACACCACCCGAGUACGCCAGCGUAUUAUUCUAUCCUUGUUGCUCACCGUAUGUUAAACAAGGAUAAAAUGAUACUCUGGGGUACUCGGGUGGUGUUUUUGAACGCAGCCAGCGGUGGUUUCACGACGCUCAUAUUUUGCAGCUACUUCUUCUUCCCUAGGCGAGCGGUAAAUUUAGUCACGUGACUAUAUUUGACGCUAAAUCGUAGCGUCAAUGAAAUGGGACCUUAACGCCGGACGGCACCUAGCGCCGGACAUGCCCAAUAUCUAUGCAUGUACAAACGCGAUCGUGGCGCUGCCAUGGCGGAAAGGUAGAGGGAGGUGAGCGAUAGUCGUGCACGCAGUAACACGCCUCAGCCUUGGGCGGUAAACAAGACAGAGCUGUCAAUUGUUGCGUUCAGAAGGAAAAGAGUGUAUUGAAAGAUAGCGGCCGCCAGCUCCGACAGGGCGAGCCGGCCCUGGCCGAGCAGGCGGAUGAGCGGCCCAACCGAAACGGCCAAAAACACGGGUACACGGGUUCACGUGGAAAACGCGUGAACACCGUCGAGAAGCUUCGACCGGCGGGUCGAAGCGCAAUAAGCGAGCGAAACGCGACACUCGCCGUCGGGACGGAACGUGGCACGCGUCGCUACGCUCCGCGAGUGUUCUCAGUUAAAGUGUUACAGUUCUACCGAAAAUUAAACGCCUUAGUUGAUCUCUACUGAGUGAUCUCUUUUCCCCUCUCAUAAUCCCGGCCCUCGGCAACGGCCACCUCGCCCGGCGAAAUAGACGUAAGGUCGGCGGGAAACCUCCUUACAGUAUCGCGUAAACUUGAGACGAGUAUACUACGAAGUUCCUGUGACUAAAUAUUUAUUCACGUUGUUAUAAAGUGAUUUGAGGACAGAAGAAACACCUUGGAGACAUGGAAAAUAAAAAGAAAAGAGCAUGGGAUCAGGAUAACUUAAAAAUUGCUCUUGAUAAAGUUAUAUCGAAAAAAAAUGAGCCUGAGAGAAGCUUCGAAAAAAUAUGAUAUUCCUAAAAGCACUUUACACGAUAAAAUUAGAUGUCUAAAAUCCGGCGAAGAAAUAUCAUUGCAGCCUAAGAUUGGUAGGUUCACUAAAACAUUCCCACCAGAAUAUGAAGAACAAUUAGUGAACCAUGUGAAAGACUUAUCGAAUCGAUGUUUGCCACUGAUGAAAAAAGAAUUUCUAAAGUUGGCAUAUGACUUAGCAGUAGAGCUAACGAUAGGUUCGUGCUUCAAUAUCUACAACGUAUCGAUGAUAAAGCUUCCUCAUCGUUUCAACACUGAAAAAGGAACAGCUGGUAAACAUUUUUACUAUGACUUUAUGCCUAGACAUUCCGAUUUAUCACUAAGAACACCUGAGUCUACGAGUGUGAUGCGAGCUGUAGGUUUUAAUAAGCCACAGGUAGAUUUGUUCUUCUCAAAUCUUGAAAAACUCAUGAAUCGGUAUAAUUUUCCUUCAUCUAACAUAUUAUAUAUAAUUUCCCAAAAAAUACUAAAGUUAUCUCUGUUUCCCGAUGCUGCAAAGAAGCGUUCAGAAUCAAGGAAGAGAAAAUCCGAAAAAAGUGCAAUUCUCACUUCAUCUCCUUAUAAAACAUUGGUUGAAGAGAAAGAGAAUGAAAAGAAAGCAAAAGAAUCGAAGAAAAACUUUAGACAGAAGUCUAAAAAAACUAAUCGACCUGGCAAGAUAAAGAAAAGCAAAGCACUGACACCGACAAAUCGGAAAAUCAAAAUAUUACCGAUGUUCACGAAUUCUCAAAAGUUGAAUGUAAUUCUGAAGCUACAGAACUGCAAGAUACCGGAGAGGUAGACGAUCCCCAGUACACAACCACUGCCACUGCCUAGAACUCUUCGGAAAAUGAAUAAAUAUAUUCAGAGCUCUACGAGAAAUAUUUUAGAAGGACCGGAACUCCGACUUUCCGAGCAGCAGAGCACACUUAUCUGCUUAAAAAUGGAUUUUUCGGGGAUUAUGAAUUAUUAAAAAGUAACAGAGACUUGCCACUGCCUAAAAUUCUUUGGAAAAUGAAUAAAUGUGUUCAGAACUACACGAGAAAUAGUUUAGAACUCGUAGAACGUAUCGAAAAUCCGUCAGCGUCUUAGUGUUAUGAUAAAUACAUCUUUUUUUUCUAUCGGCUGUUUUUUGUAUAAAAUCGCCAGAACUAUUAUU